AUGGAGACCAUUCUCUCAUUUCUGAAUAGCCAUCCUGAGCCUAUGCUGAGCUUCGGCUCAGCUUUCUUGGAGAGUGACCCCACCUUCACCUUCCUGUGUGGGUUGGGGUUACUGCUUCUGUUCCUGUGUUACCUAGUAUGGAAUCCAGCCAAGAGGAGGAAGAAAGGUGGAACAUUUCAAGGUUGGAGAGCUUAUAAGAGAGAAGCAGAGGAGGCAAGAAAGCUGCUAUCUGUUCUGAAAAGCUUUGUACCUCCUAUCUGCAGCCCCCUGGGCCAGCAUCACGAUACCAUCCGCUUUCGUCAAAUGUUAUGUCCAGAUCCCUCCUGUAAGGUGUGUAACAGAACAACUGCUGAGGUCAGUCGGCUGCUGUUUCCAGAGCCCGUGGAAGAUGCCACUCCCUGUGUGUCCCCGGUGGCAUCCACAGCACCUGUGACUGAGUCAUCUUUCACUCUGGCCCCCUCAGCACAGCCUCCAGAAGACCCAGUACCAGCCUCUCUGCCUGAACCCCAUGUACCUGUCUCUUCCAUCCUCUCCCCUGACCGGACGACCCCCUUAGUUGAUACUCUUUCACCCUCACCUCUGGGGGACUCUCUGCCACCAGAGCCUGUUUCUUCCUUGGAUUCCAUAUUCCCAGUGGACCAUUUUCCACCCCAAUCACGUGCCUCCUCCCCAUUCCUACUAUAUCACACUCAGAGAGAGGAUCAUGUUCUACAACCAGAACCCUCUUUGUCUCUGAAUACCAUUUUCUCACUUGACCCCACCCUGUCUCAAGAUAUGAAUCCCUCACCAUCCCACUCAGUGAAUCUCACUGAUUCAUUUACUUUUCACUGCACACCACCAACUCUGUCUGCCUCACCACCACCAGACUGUACUUUAACUGUGACUGAAUCUAAGUUGACACCAACCUCACUGAAGUCUGUCACUGAGAGCUCAUCUCUAGAGAACCCUGGUAGGUUGGCCCCUUCUGUGUCAACAGUCACAGGCACAAACCAUUCUAGCAUGUCUAUUUCAGAAUUCUCUUGGCCAGCUCAUGCCAAGGAAUGGUUCCCCUCCUGCUUGUCACAGUGUGAUUUCAACCAAGAGGCCCUUGCCGUCUAUUCUUCAGAGGUCUCUUUGAGGGGAAACCUUGCAACCAACUCUGUAGAGGCUGCUAACCUCUCUUUUCUCAACCCUGAUGUCCUGGAUCUCCUGGAGAGACAGGUAAAAAAGAGAGGAGAUUUCCUGAUGUUGAAGGAAAAAGAAAUGAAAAAGGAAACUUUUCCAGACCAACUUGGGCCAGACUACCAACUAAAUUCUUUGGGAAAAUUGUUCAGGUCAAUUUCUGAAAAACAUGACUCAGCAGCCUCUGUACCCUUCCAGGAUAUGGAAGGCAAACCAAAGAAACUUCUCAUUCAUCAGGAGUUCCCAUAUUCUAAGACCUUUGGAGACCAUAUACAUCAGCAACACAUCCAGCUCUUCUGGGGUCUACCCUCUCUGCACAGCGAGUCCCUGGUGUCUAUCUUGGCCUCAGCUGGCUAUUCCUCAGACUUUGUCUCUUUUAAUAGACUUCCUUUACCUCUCUCCUUGCCUGAGAUUCAGCCUCAAACUUUGCCUCAAACCUCGCUCCAGUCCCAGUACCUACGUUUCACUCAGGUCUCGCUCCAGGCUCACCUUCAAUCCCAGCUCCAAAACCUACCACCUUCCCCUCCACAGAUUAGGACCUGUGGAGUGUCUUUCAGUAGACCCCAGAAGGAGGAACAGUCUGUUACCCAAGAAGAAAUUCACUGCCUGGAGUGGCAUGUGCUGCAGAAACAACUGGAAGGCUUGGUGGGUGUACCUUCUGUUGUCCAAAAAUCUCAGGAAGCCUUUUGUCCUCCAGCUCCUAACUUUCCUCAGCACUACCGGCCCUACCAGGCCCAUGCUCCAGAAGCUAUCAUUCCUGGAAAUUUUCCUCUCAGCAUUGAGGUAAGAAAACUUCUUGAACACCACCUUCGAAAGAGGCUCAUCCAACACCGGUGGGGCCUGCCCCGCAGGAUCCGUGAGUCUCUGGCACUGAUGCAGCCUCCAGAUGAAUCUCCAGAGACACCUGAAUCAAAGAGCACUUAUGGACUCUCAUGGCUCCAUGACUUUAAGAGUCAGAGCAGCAUGGAUCUAAAUGGUGAGGGAUUGAGCCAACGCAAAAGCUUCUACGAGAGGAGCCUAGAAAUGCUUCACUUAGUAAAGGAUAUGAGGAAGGGUUGCUUAGAAAAGGAUAUGAUGAAGGAUCAGGGACAUAGCCCAGAGAAUAUCCCAAAAGAUCAUCUGUCAAAAGACUCAAAAAUCUCUUCAGUUAGUGUUCUGGGGUCUGACUCUGCAAAAGAUCCAGAAAGACACAAGGUGAGUCUGUCAGGGAAUAAUUCAAGGGCUUCUGGGGUAAACCUAGAUCAGAAAUUACUGGAAGAUGCCUUGAAAACCCAUUUGAAUGAUAAGCUUGGACAAAUCAAGGAGGGUAGUAUCCCUGAGGUUGUAGACAGUUCAUGGCGUACUGUUGAAAAGACAUUGUCUCUUCCCGACAAAUCCCAUGCCCAAAAGAAACACAGAAAUUUGGCACCAUCGAUGGGUGGGAACUACUGCCUGGAUACUUCUCAGGAGCUUCCUUUUAUUAAUUCGAGCACAAAACAGAGGUUGGAAGGCCAUAUUAAAUGCUUUUAUAUGAGGAUGAUAUGGGGUCUUCCCUGCAAAGUUGUAGAAUCCAUACAAAUCUUUCAAAUGAGAGAGAGCCCAUCUUUUCCCUUUCCCUAUUCCAACUUGCCCUCAUCAACCACCCUUAUAUCUGAGAUGAACCCCAAAACAGAGGUUUCCAAGCCCCUUAGAGAAAGUCCUCAAACGUUUUGGGGAGAAAAGAUAACAAAUUCAGUCCCUAUCAUGGAUUGUCCUCUACCUGCCACCUCACUUGUGGACAAGGAAGGCCAGGGGACCCUGAGACAAUCACUCCCUGAUACCAAUCAUGAGCUUACAGAGGACUUUCAGAUAAUUAAGGAUGGCAGAAAGACUUUUGCGUCUCUCAAACAUAGAAACAUAGAUAAGACAAGUCAGAGCAAGACUGUAAUACCCAAUAAACGCAGCCCAGAGCAGCCCACAAGUCAUACUGGGACUGGACGUACGCCAAGGGACCAGAGUAUUUCCAGGGAUACAACAGGAAUGCUUCAAGACAAAGGGAUGGUAGACAGGAAUUUAAAACAUUUUUCCACGGCCAGCAUGUCCAGGGAGACAUUCAAGGCCAAAGAGCUCCAUGCUCUUCAGUCACAAUCUAAUAACACCAUAAUAACCAGAGAGCUGCUAACCUCCCAAAGGAAAAGUGUGACUUCAAGUAAGGUAGAAACUAACCUGAUGACUAAAAGUCCCCACUUGCCAAGACCAUCAGUUCUCCAAGAGCCUGAUCCAUCAUACCUUAAAAGCCAGCUGAUUAAUGAAUUAAAAUUUACGUUGGAGGCCAGGCAGCAUAGCCAGGCCCAAGGCUCCCCAAAUGACACAUCUCAUGCCUCAGAUAGCUUGGCUCCCACUGACUCACUGUGGAAUGACUCUCCCACGCAUGACAAGAGUGUCCCCAGUGGGUACAUGGCAGCUCCCCAGGUGCUGAAUGUCCACCUGGAGGACAGAGGGAUCAGCAUGGAGCAGCAACAGGAGCCUUGGGUCCCUAAGCACGUCUUAGGGAAGUUCCAGGAUAAGAAUUUCCGACCAGCUACAAAGAGAGUGAACCCUCAGGGACCCAAAGCAGAAGAGUGGGGGGGAGGAGACGCAGGGUUGGGGACAUCUCAAACCAGAAGGAAGACCUAUCCGGUUCAUGACAAGAAAUCCGAGGAGACCUUUGGGAGCAGGUCCUCCCAGUCCCUGUCAGAGAAGGAACAGUCUCCUCCUGAAAGUAAUUUUGGAAAAAAAAUAAAGCACCUUUUGCAAUGGCUUCAUCCUAGGAUGAAAUGCAAAGGGCAGGAAAGUUCUGUGGAAAAAGGCAGCUCCAUGCCAGCCUCUAUACAGAGAGGAGGCCCAGGCAGAAGUAGAGCUGUUUUUACUGGGACAACUGAAGGUCAGACACUCAUGACAGACAGGAAGUGUAGGCAUGGAAGAGAUACCACCUGCCUCCAAGAGCCCCUUUGCACCCAUAUGAAGUUUGGGGAAACUCAGCACAAAGCAAAAGCGAGGUCCCAGGCAGGGCCUGUCCAGGGGCUUACUUUUAACUUCAGCAUUCCUUACCAUAAAGCAUGUACCAAGGCCUGCAGCCAAGAAGCUCUCUCUGCCGGCCAGAGUUGUCCUAUAAGUAGUAGACUGAUCAGGAACAGAGACAGACACUCUCAGAAAAUGGAAGGAUUCAAGGGCCAGAGUGUCUGGUUGCCAGACAGCAGCCACUUUGGCAAGAAGGAUCUCCAGUGGGACGGGAAGAGGCUGUCUUCUAAAACGAAUGGAUACAUGUCUGCUCGGGGCCCCGCUAUCAGCUCAAACAAACAGCUGCAUUCAGAAGGCUUCUCCUAUCUGGUAAAGCCAGAAAAGUAUGAAUGUCCUACAGAAGCUGAGGGGAAGCAGUGGGGGGGCGGGGAGGGGGGACUUCAUGGAGCUAAACUCUCCCACCUGGCCGAGGAAACGGAGAUGCUGAAGGAGGACUGGAGAGUCCGGGAGAAGGUGAUGAAAGAGGAGCAAGGAGAUGGAGGCCCUUGUUCAUCCAAACAGCCAGGAUAG